AUGAUAGUAGCUUUGAAAUGCUUGGAUAACUCUCACAUGUUUGAAGAAUUUUACAGGAGUGAAAUACCAGAUCUAUUUAAGCAGCUUAUUGAUAACUGUUGCGAUACUAUACCAAUAAAUCAACCAAGUGCAAGUGUAUUGCUAGAAUUAUUUAAUAACUGGAUGGCAGAAUUAAAUGACCCAGAUUCGGAAUUAAAUGUACAAAUUAAAAAUGCCAAGACUGAAAAUAUUACUUUUAUGCAAUUUAAAACGCAUUCAGAAGCAUUUUAUACAAAGGUUAUUCAACUUUUCAAACUUACAAAAAUUUGA